AUGUCUCGGCAGGAUGGUAUUGACCCUCCACCAGGUAGACACAUCUCCAAUGCCGCGCUGCUACGUAAUCCCUUAGCGGGAAUGACAGAGGAGGCUCUACUUGCUGAUGUCGAUGCAUUUGUUGAAGAGAAGGGUCUUUCCGCGCAUAGAGAUGCAUUUCGAAAAGGUGCAUUGAUCGCUAGAGUUGGUCAAAGGGAAGAUGGGUUUGAGUACGUCACUCAACUCAGCGAAGACGACAAGAAAGUGUUGAGGCAUGAGAUUGCACACCGUUGGAGUCAACCAUUUAUGUUGUACUUCCUUGUCGUCCUAUGCGCCGGUUCAGCCAUCGUUCAAGGAAUGGACCAGACUGCCGUCAAUGGUGCGCAGUUAUACUACUUUGAAGAGUUUGGCAUCGAGAACGAGUGGAUGCAAGGCUUGCUCAACGGUGCACCAUAUCUGUGCUCCGCUGCCAUUGGAUGCUGGACCAACGCACCACUGAACAAAUUGUUUGGGCGUCGUGGUACUAUUUUCAUCUCUUGCUUCAUCUCUUUUGUUACUGGUUUCUGGAUGGCCGCGGCUGAUAGCUGGUACAACUUGCUCAUUGCUCGGUUUGCUCUUGGCCUAGCCGUUGGUGCUAAAUCCAGUACAACGCCUGUCUAUGCAGCCGAAUCAGCCCCGAAAACUAUUCGUGGAGCGCUGACAAUGAUGUGGCAAAUGUGGACGGCUUUUGGUAUCAUGCUUGGGUUUGUCGUUUGCGUGGCUUUCGAAAACGUAGACUUCCUUGGUGAAUACUCCCAGUGGAGGUGGAUGCUUGCUAGCACUAGUAUUCCUCCGUUACUGGUUAUGCUUCAAGUCUACUUCUGUCCAGAAAGUCCAAGAUGGUACAUGGAGAAGGGGAAAUUUGACAAGGCCUUCCAAGCCCUCCAGCGUCUUCGUAAGCACAAAAUACAGGCUGCUCGCGACAUGUACUAUGCAUAUAAGCUCCUCGAAGUCGAGCAAUCUGAACGAGAGGGCAAGAAUCUUUUUAAAGAAUUCUUCACCGUGAGGCGCAAUCGACGAGCUGCACAGAGCUCGUUCUUUGUCAUGUUCAUGCAGCAGUUCUGCGGAGUCAAUGUAAUUGCUUAUUACAGCUCCUCCAUCUUCGAAGAAGCAGGCUUCGAUCGCUCCAAUGCAUUGCUCGUCUCUUUAGGUACAGGCAUAACCAAUUGGCUCUUCGCCAUCCCUGCAAUCUAUACGAUCGACACAUUUGGGCGCCGGAAUCUUCUCCUCACAACAUUCCCGCUCAUGGGAAUAUGCUUGUUCUGGUGUGGCUUCAGCUUUUUCAUUCCGAAUAUCCCGGAUCCUGAGAACCCGGGUGAGACCAAGCCUUCGCAGGCACAAGUCGGCUCCGUCGCUGCAGCCAUUUUCACAUUCAUGGCAGUCUACUCACCUGGCGAGGGCCCAGUACCCUUUACCUACUCAGCCGAAGCAUUCCCCUUGUAUAUUCGAGACAUUGGGAUGAGUUUUGCCACAGCUACCUGUUGGGGCUUCAACUUUAUUCUGUCACUUACAUGGCCGCCUCUUGUUCGAGCAUUCACCCCACAGGGUGCAUUCGGUUGGUAUGCCGCUUGGAACUUUUUUGGGUGGGUAUAUGCAUACUUCCUUUUGCCAGAAACGAAGAAUCUUACGUUGGAGGAGCUGGAUACGGUCUUCAAUGUUGGUAAUCGCCAACAUGCUCAAUACUAUCGUCAGAAGCUGCCUUGGUAUUUCCAGAAGUCAGUUCUACGGAAAGAUGUUGCCCCUUUUGAGCCACUCUAUCAACUGAGUGAUGACAUGGGGGGGCUCGGUGGCAAUGAGCGCGCGCCUUUAGAUACAGAGAAAGGGCACACUGUCAAGUAA